AUAAUUGCAAACACAACACAGGUUUAUCAAAACAAAUGUUAAAUAUAGGUGUGCAAUAAUUAUUGUAAUCCUUUUAAUCAAUACUUUUGUGCUAGCUCGCUUUGCCGAGAUAACAGCUCUGAGUCUUCUCCUAUAACGCCUGAUGAGGUUGGAGAAUACAUGGCGAGGGAUCUGAGAGCGUUCCUCCGUACAGAACCUCUCCAGAUCCUUCAAACGCUGGUGGACUCUCCUCUUCAGUUCACCCCACAGGUGUUCUAUGGGGUUCGGGUCAGGGGACUGGGAUGGUCAUGGCAGGAUCUUGAUUUUGUGGUCAGUAAACCAUUUUUGUGUUGAUUUUGAUGAUGUUUUGGAUCACUGUCCUGCUGGAAGAUCCAACCACGGCCCGUUUUGAAGCUUUCUGUCAGAGGCAGUCAGGUUUUCAUUUAAUAUCUGUUAUUUGAUAUAGUCCAUGAUGCCAUGUGUCCUAACAAAAUGUCCAGGUCCUCUGGCAGAAAAACAGUCCCAAAACAUUAAAGAUCCACCUCCAUAUUUAACCGUGGGCAUGAGGUACUUUUCCAUACGGCUACCUCUCUGUGUGCUCCAAACCCACCUCUGUGUUUAUUACCAAAAAGCUCUAUUCUGGUUUCAUCUGACGGUACAACCCGAUCCCAUUUGAAGUUCCAGUAGUGUCUGCACACUGAAGACGCUCGAGUUUGUUUUUGGAUGAGAGUAGAGGCUUUUUUAUUGAAACUCUUCCAAACAGCUUGUGGUGAUGUCGGUGACUUCAGAUUGUAGUUUUGGAGACUUUCUGACCCCAAGACACAACUAACUCCUGCAGUUCUCCAGCUGUGAUCCUUGGAGAUGUUUUAUCCACUCGAACCGUCCUCUUCACAGUGCGUUGAGACGAUACAGACACACGUCCAAUUCCAGGUCGAUUCAUAACAUCUCCAGUUGACUGGAACUUCUUAAUUAUUGCCCUGAUGGUGGAAAUGGGCGUUUUCAAUGCUUGUGCUAUUUUCUUAUAGACACGCCCCAUUGUGUGAAGCUCAACAACCUUUUGCUGCACAUCACAGCUACAUUCCUCGCUCUUACACAUUGGUAUGAAUGACUAAGGGAUUUUACCUCAUAUUUAUACUCCUGUGAAACAGGAAGUCAUGGUUGAACAAUUUCCUGUUCCUAGUCACCCAGGUGUACUAAAAAAAUUAAAAAAUCUCAAUGGGAAUACACCUCAAAUAUAUUUUUCUCACAUGAAUUCAUAGGGUGCCAAUAAUUAUUGCACACCUGUAUGUAACAGUUAUUUUUCUAAAAAUGUGUUGUGUUUACAAUUGUUUGAUAUCCAUGAGAUCAGAGUAUUUUUGUGAUUUUUUUAUUAGGUUAAACAAUAAAGACAAUUUUUCACAGCCUUCUUUGUUCAUAUUUAUCAAGGGUGCCAAUAUUAGUGGAGGGCACUGUGUGUAUGUAUAUGCAAGCCCAAAAAUUAAGCUAUUAAUGAUCUCAACAAGAAUUAAACAAACCGGUAAAUGAAGUUAGUAUGGGACAGUUUUUCUUUUUUAUUUCUUUACACGUUUCAGCCUCGUGGAUAAACUUGCAGACAGCUUUUUUUUUUUUUUUUUUUUUCCAAUACUUUAUUUUAAUUUUGUACACCCAGACAGGUUAGUUUGAAUUUUACAUCAAACAUUUACUUUUGCAUAAAAGAAGCCUAUAUAAGUGAAUAUUCCUGUUUCUAGCUUUAUCCCAAAAACAGUUCACUGCAGCUAAAGUAAACGAGCAAAUGGUGGCACAGGAGGACCCAGGAGUGCAUUUGUUUAAUUCUGGCAAAAUUUCUGACCAGUGAUUUGUUGUUAAGAUCACUUAAAGCUUAAUAUUUUGCCAUUUUGGGCUUGGUCCAUUUUUAUUUAUUUAUUUAUUUUGCCCAGGAGUGUGUAUAUGAACCUUGUGAAUACGAACAAUCCCUUGAAUAUGAAUGUUACCUUACAAUCCCAAAUAUUAAUUAAAGCUGCAUGCAGCGUUUAAAGGGGCCAAGCACCAAAGGCGCAGCACGGAGCCUGAAGAACACGAAGUGGAGAAAUAGAAUGUUCAUGAAUGAAUAAAAGAUAGAUUCAGAAGCACAGCUGAGAAUAAGAUUGAACAGGAAAUGAACAGAACAGAGGAAUUUAUUUGCAUGCCAAGAGGUGGAAAGGUUACUGUAAUGCUGAGCCACAAAAGAAAGGAACCGAAAGACAAAACAUUGCACAAACUUUUAAGAACUUGCACCACAUGGGAAUCGAACCCAGGAUUUUUAGUAUUGCCGCAUGUCGGUUUUCACGGUGCGCCACAAAUGUAAUGCCACAGGAAAAAUGAAUUUUGGUCAAUGUUUUCAAAAGUACAAAAAACCUUAUAUCUCUAGAACACUAGGUGGCUCUGUGUUAAAAUUUCUCAGGCUCCUAGACAAAAUGCUAUGAAUGAUUCCUACCAAUUUUUUUUUUCAAGUGUAUCAAAUAUAUUACAAUAUAUGACACAUUUCAAAAUGGCGGACGGGCGGUUGGUCCGAUCCUGGGAAAAUUGGUAUCUGCGGAUUUGCCAUGACCCAAUUAAUCCGUAGACACCAUGAUCAUAAUUUUCUGUCGAAGUAUUCAAAAGUUAUAAGCACAAAUAUUACAUUUUCAAAUCUCUUGACCUAUAGGAGUUACUGUUUUCAAAAUGGCACGGACUCUCGGAUCAUGGUGCUUAUGAAGACGACCAAGUUUCAUUACAAUUGGUCAAAGUACGGCCGUGAUACAGCCUCUGAUCCAAUCCUCUGAUCAACAUCAUUAAAUUUGUGACAUCAUAACUUUGAUAUGGACAUCAGAAUGAUGUUCAGUAAUUUAUAUGCGGCUCUGUCAUCUGAGCCAAUUUUGGUAAGAAUUGGACAAAAUUAGAAAGAGGAAUAAUGAAAAAACUGAAUACUGUACAUUUCAAAAUGGUGACUACUGUAAUGGGUGGAGUCUUCAUGUAAGACGUGGCUUGUGAUCACUAUGAAGAGAGUAAUCUGAUGAACUCAAUUUCUUUUCUCUAGGAUAAAGUUCAACAAUUGUAACCAUUUGAAAUGUGAAUUUUUGAACUAGUGGAGGUGAUAUAGAGUUGGUCCUAGAGAGGCCAUAAUUGGUCCAGAUUCUACUCACGGUCAUAUGAGUGUGCCAAAUUUCAUCAUUUUCCUACUUGCGGUUCAUAGGGCUGCCAUAGCCUCCCAUUGGCUAAGAAGAAGAAGCAAAAUAAUAAGAAGAAAACGAACGAAUACAAUAGGUGCCUGCACACCUUCGGUGCUUGGCCCCUAAUUAGGCUAUGUACUACAGUAGACUGUAUUGUAAGCAAUUGCAGUAAAACUCCUCACUAUUUCUUGGAUGUUCUAAAAGGGUUCUACUUGGAUUUUGUUCUUUUUCUAAAAGGGAAACCUUGUUUUGUAUGAUUUAAAAUAUAAUCAUCUAAGGUUCCCCAGAUGGACAAAUAACAAACUUUGGGGUGUUAGAUUGAAUGUGCUAAUAAAAAUCAGUCUAAUCUAAAUGGUUAAACCUCCAGACGACGAUGAUGAUGAUGUAUUUGCGCAGUAGUUCUGUGUAAUGCUUCACAGCUGUCUUUAAUAAGGAUUGAAAGGCUGUGAUUUGUUGCUUUAUAUCCAUUUUCAUAUAGUCUUGUGAUCAUACGAAAUAUUACAAAACUUCUUUUGCAAAGACAAUCAUCUAACUGACUUCAUUCUCCAAUUUUAAGAUUUUUUUUUUCUUUCAAACUCUGACCUCUAGAAGAUUGUCAUGUAAUUUCCGUAACAUCAGGCUUUAUAUGUCUUUUAUAUUUAAGGUCUUUAGGAUUUACAUCAGGCCAGGGAAAGUUACCAAAUGUCACAUUGCCUUUUACGUCUCUCAGUAUUACUGCGCUAUGUGAAAUGCAAAAACUCUGCAAUAUUAAUUAUUUUAUGCAUAUUAGGUUUGAAUGUCCUUGAUGGCUAUGAUGUGCCCACCCUACUUUUUCUACUCGAAAGUCUCUGUAAUUUAAUUCAAAUGGUUAAUCUGCAUGCAAUUAAUAUUCUGUGUCCAUGGUUACUCGUACCGAAACUCUCAACACUGUUUAUCUUCUUUGUGGCAUUCAGUCUGCCUUUCAAUAAAACACCACUAAUGAGUUCCAUAUUUAAAAUUCCAUAUUUUAAAUUCUGCAAAUUAAGUUAUUUGCAUAAUAUCAGCACACCGACAGCGUGUAAAAGCAGUGAAGACGAGAGCGCUGUUUUCUGCUUGUUUUCAACAACGUCUUUCAGACUGGCUUUAGCAUGAUUACUUCUUACUUUGAAGUGAGUGUUACAGAUAAAAUAAAGCAUUAUGGGACCUGUUAACCUUCAGUGUGUUACCUAAUUUAGACAUUAGAAAUCCCAUGUGUCUUUUAGAUUUGUAUUGGGUUUGAAAGAAAAAAAAAAAAAAAGAAUCUGUAAGAAGUAGGCUGGGAGGCAUAUGAUGUUUAGGCUGGAACGCAGCAUUAUUAGUGUUUACAGGUACGCCAUUUCAUCCUUUCCGCACUUGCAUAUAUAUAUUCUUGGCUCCAGUAACUUGAUGAAUAAACAUAGACUUCGUCUUCUGGCAAAGUCAUUUGCAAAAGUGAAUUAACUUCUUAAAAGAGCCGCUAAUGAGAGCUGAAGUUAAUCUGGGUAUGCUAAUCAUGGUGUGUGUCCCAUGAUGGAAUUAAACCUGCAGAAUUGGCUGGAUUUGAUCAGUGGAGUGUGUUGAAGCUGUACGGGGGCUGUGAUGACUGUGAAGGAGGUUCCUAAAGUAGUUUCUCACUCUUGGAUCAGAACAGUCUGAAUUAAAAAAAAAAAUAUAUAUAUAUAUAUAUAAAAUCAUGCUAUAUGUAAUAGGUUUUUAAAUACAAAUGCAGCACUUUUAAUUUUGCAGGUCCAGGAGCCAAGUUUCGAUUCUAGACGCGGGUCUUCCCAAGCGGUAAUUGUACUUGUGUGGGUUCCAGUGAGCUAUUGUGCUGCACUGUAGAGGUUAUUUCUUUCCCCUUCUUUUCCCCUCCAAAGCCAUCCAAUUAAUAUGCUAAUGAGAUGAUAAAUAUUUAUGAAAAAUGUAAAUUAUGCAGAAAGCUUUCAGAGCGCUGUGUGGAAUGAAUUGCUUGCAGGACUUCAAAGUGUUGCUGUGCUAACGAGGCAGGGGCGAAUUUGCAUACGACUUUAAUCAGCUGAAUACUGAUUACGCUUCAUUAUGGGCACUGCCAGCUGCACUCUUUGUUUCUGCUGUAUAUUCUGGGGGGAAAAGUUUUUCACAGUCUGGUUGUCGUGACGAUCAUGGCAGUAAGUGAGAAAGGGAGGAUAAGUGAGAGAAAGAGAUCGGGAGAGGAAGAGCAGUCUUCUCUGUAGGCUUAGCUGUACUUUACUGUGCAUUAUACAGCUGUAGUCUCUACUUGUCUGUCGGUAUUUACAUUUUUUAUUAUUUUUUUGGUGGUUGUACUGGUCUGUAAGUGUCUCAGAAAGCGACGUGUGUGCUGUUCUGGGUUUUAUUCUGCUUUUGUGUGAAGUGAGAGACAGUUGUGGAUGCUUAUGGAGACCAUGCUUGAGAGAACAGGAAUAGCUGUUUCUGAUUCUAGAAUGAGUAAUCCGUCAGAAACAAAUAAAUGUGCAAUGGAGAGUGGGGACGGAAGCACAGGUGCCCAAACGAACGGACUGGACUUUCAGAGGCAGACGGUGCAAACAACAAACGCAAUCACCAGUGCACAAGCACAAGCCUUGCUCCAACAGUUGACUCUGACUCCAGCGCAGCAGCAGUUGUUGCUGCAGCAGGCUCAGGCGCAGCUCUUGGCUGCAGCCGUGCAGCAGCACUCGGCCAGCCAACAGAGCAGCACCACAGGAGCGAGUAUCUCUGCCUCCGCUGCAACGCCGAUCACACAGAUCCCCCUUUCUCAGCCCAUUCAGAUCACACCUUCACAGCAGUUGCAGCAGCUGCAGCAGCAGAACCUCAACUUGCAGCAGUUUGUACUGGUCCAGCCAGGUCAUCCAAUUGCCGCCCAGCUGCAGCCAGCGCAGUUCAUCAUCUCACAGACACCACAGGGUCAGCAGAGCCUCUUGCAAGCCCAGAAUCUUCUAACUCAACUACCUCAAAGUCAAGCCAACCUCCUGCAGAGUCAGCCAAGCAUCACUCUUGCCACACAGCCAGCAACACCGACGCGCACGAUAGCAGCUACCCCCGUCCAGACCCUCCCUCACAACCAGACGACACCAAAGCGCAUGGAAACACCCAGUCUGGAGGAACCCAGUGAUCUGGAAGAACUGGAGCAGUUCGCCAAGACCUUCAAACAGAGGAGGAUCAAACUAGGCUUCACGCAGGGGGAUGUCGGCCUUGCUAUGGGAAAGCUGUAUGGAAAUGACUUCAGCCAAACCACCAUUUCUCGCUUUGAGGCCUUGAACCUGAGCUUUAAAAACAUGUGCAAGCUGAAGCCUCUGUUGGAGAAGUGGCUAAACGAUGCAGAGAACCAGACGUCGGACCAGGGCCUGUCCAGCCCCAGCUCUAUUGGCUCCCCUGGGCUGGGCAUGGAGGGCCUCAACCGCCGUCGCAAGAAGAGGACCAGCAUCGAGACCAACAUCAGAGUGGCCUUAGAAAAGAGCUUUCUAGAGCAGAACCAAAAACCUACCUCUGAGGAGAUCACCAUGAUCGCUGACCAGCUGAACAUGGAGAAGGAGGUGAUCCGUGUGUGGUUCUGCAACCGCCGGCAGAAGGAGAAGAGGAUUAACCCGCCCAGCAGCGGCAGUGCUGCCAGCACCCCCAUUAAAGCAAUCUUCUCCCCCUCCACAUCCCUGGCGCCUAGCACAGCCAGUCUUGUGACCAGUAGCACCUCGACUACACUGACUGUAAAUCCUGUUCUGCCUCUCACCAGCACGAGUAUCUCCAGCAUUGGACUCACUGGCACCACUGUGGGCUCGGCAACUACUAAGACUGCAUCCGCCAUCUCCACAGUGCCCUCUGUGACCACGGCAACCUCGUCGCCCUCACUCAGCCCCUCCCCCAGUGCGCCACAGGCCUUGUCGGCUGAGUCGGCAGUGACUCAGGAGCCAACAAGCACCGUUACCCAGGCACCCACCACGCUGGUGAACACACUGGGCACGGGCCAGGUAAUGGUGGCUGCGUCUAGCCUGUCGGCCGCACUGCAGGGAGCUGCACAGCUGCCUACCAGCGCCAGCAUUGCCGCCAUGGCUGCAGCUGCCAGCCUCAACCCAGGCCUCAUGGCCUCCUCACAAUUCGCUCCUGGUGGGGCUCUGCUGAGUCUGGCUCCUGGUGGUCUGGGCAGUGCGUUGAGUCCAGCACUGAUGAGCAACAGCACUCUGGCCACCAUCCAAGGUGUGUGGAAUGCUCUGGCUUCAAGCGGGACUCUGCCCAUCACCUCUCUGGAUGGCAGUGGGAACUUGCUUUUUGCCAACGCCAGUGCUGGCAGCACCCCGAACCUAGUGACGGCGCCACUCUUCCUGAACCCACAGAACCUGUCGCUGCUCACCAGCAACCCGGUGAGCCUGGUGUCUGCUGGAGGAGCCGCAGGGGCUGCCGGGGCCCUCAAUCUGCAUGUCGCUACAGACCACAAUGCCGUCACCACGGCAACGGUGCCCGUCUCCACCAUCAGCAAGGCCCAGUGAAAGCCCCAUCCAGCUUGGUCCUCCUCCUUCCCCUUCUCAUCAAUCAUUAUUUAAUCCCUUUGCUACCACCAAAAAGAAACUUACUAAAAAUGAAGUUUUAUAUUAUGUUAAUAUUUUUGUUUCAUUUUCAUACCUUUUUAUCUUUUAUUUGAGAUGUUCUUUAAAAAUUUUUUUUUUUUUUUUUUUUUUGACCUUGUUGCCUGCUUUGAUUUUUCAGCAACAAACUUCAUGAAUGUUGGUGUUACAAGAGAGCCUAGCGUUACGAUGGCCAAAACUGAACUGUGUCUGGGCUGCACGCUUGCUCAACUGGUAAUGCAAAGACAUUUUUAUUUGAGUGAUUUUUUUUUUUUACUCGCUCUACGUUUUGCAUUUAUAUCUUGUUAUUUGAUCCUAAAACACUCCUAACCAAAAACACAUCACUUUAUCCUUUAUUUUUCAACGGUUGAAUUACUCCUUCUUGAUAGCAUUAUUAGCCUUUACUGUGAUCGUCAUUACUGAGGAACUUUUAAGACACCUUUUGAUUUGAACUGUUUUGGGUUUUUUUUGUUUUUUUAAAUCAGAGGUGCUGCUUUGCAGGCCUUUGCAACCUUCGUAUCAAUCUUUUAUUAUUAUUUUUUUUCCUUUGGCUUAUGGUUUCUUUUAUCUGAUGCAGCUUUAGUCCUAUAUAAUUCUCACAUGUGGUUACAAGGCUUUAACGGAGUAAUAAGUGGCUGUGAUACGGUUUCAUUGCUUUAAGGAAUCGUUUGUACGGUCGCGGUCUGGAAACACUGAUUUAACAGAGGAAAUUCUCAAUACUUGGUAGCAAAGGUUUUUAAAACACGUUCUAGUCUGGGUCUAAAGAGUGGACCCCGAGAUGGGCUUAUUUACAUAGGAUGAAUAGCUUUAAAGGAUUGCAUGAGCAGUCAUUACAAAGGUGACAGGUCUUGGGCUGCAAUAGCUGUGCAGUGUAGACCUCAGUCACUUGUAAAGAAUGUGGAGAUGGUGCACUGAGAGCUCCUGAAACCGUUCUGCUACAGCUUAGUGGCGUGACCAUUUGAUGCCUAGACUGUGACCCGUAUUUGUCCCAAAGUCAGUCAGCCUCUUAAGGUCUUCCCAUCACAGGGUGUGCUGUCUGUGUAGUGUCAUGGUGGGGUUAUAGGAGUUUGGUGUGUGUGUGUGUGUGUGUGUGUGUGUGUGUGUGUGUGUGUGUGUGUGUGUGUGUGUUUUCAUGGUUUAGGUCAUGUAGGAGGAUACCACCAGAUGUCUGGUGGCAACUGUAACAUUUCAAGAAGCAACGUUGUCCUCUGUCCAGGAGAGUUUUAAGGUGUUUGUUUUUCUACUUGUGCACAGUACCUGUACCAAAAAAAAAACUGGAUUUGAGAACUGUGGUCUGCCUGGUGUUUAGGGAGGAAAAAUGUCAUGUUCUGAGUAAGAGGUCUUUUUAUUAUUAUUAUUAUUAUUAUUAUUAUUAUUAUUAUUAUUAUUAAGGUCUUUUUGCUGGCCUCUCUUUAUGAUAUAUACCAAAAAUAUUUGUUAAAACAUGUUGCUGUAUAAUUACCAUUGUAGCGUAGGGUAAGUUGAAAUAUUUAUGAGUGGAAGCUCUUGGUAAACCACAGGAAAUAUUAUAAUGCAAUAUUUUGAAGAUCAUUUCCAAAGACAAAACUAUAUUUUAUUUCAGUUGAUAUGGCUUCCCCCGCUCUGCUCCGUCUUGUUUGUGCAGCUAACCAAAUAACCCGAGUGGAUGUGGUGGGUUUGGAAAGGGUGGAGGUGGUCAGGACCAUGCACUGCAGCAAAAACACCCAAAAAGUAACCUGACCCCCUCCAGGUCAUUGCUGAGAAGUCUUUGUGAGUGAGAUGUGAGAGAGGGGGUAAGGGCUGACGCAGGUGUCCUGGCUCUCUCCCUGAUAAAGUUAAUAUAUUUCAAAGAUGUGCUACGUGCGGAUGGAAACAAGGUGCUUUUGUCUUACAGGUUCUUGUUUUCUGUGCGCUUCUAAGAUGUCUGAGUGUUUCGUUCCUUAAUAGACUGAAGUAUCCACUAUCUAGGCAGGUUUGGGUCAAUAUUUAGGAGAUUUAGCAGACUGAUCUGUUAUUCUCCCCUUACCAAUGUAAUUCAGCCAUGAUGUAAAGCUUGAACCAAAGUCGUUUUCUUGCUAGCUGCUGUGCCUGUGGGGAUCAGCGAAAUGCUGGCCACACGAUCACCACUCUACACUACUGACAAGCUUCCUCAUGUCUUACUUCUGUUCUUUACCAAACUCCUACAACUCACAACGAGCGUACUUAAAUGAGUCGUGUUUAGCUUUAAAGUGUAAUACAGCUUGGGCCGUGCUCACUUCUUCUUCUUCUUCUUCUUCUUCUUCUCAUAUUUAAUGUUUGUUAGCAUACGUAAUGGCCUCCAAAUGCCAAGUAUACCACCACUUCUUAUAAUGCUCUACAUUUGAUGCAGUCAUCAACUUGUAAUCCUAGAGCCUCCUAGAUCAGAUCUCAUCCUCAGUAGAGUUCACUGGAAUCCACUUGCGGCGUUGGCGUUCAUGCUCUUGCCGCUGUAGCGUAUAAGACUGGGUGGAAUGUGGAAAAAUCCCAAACCACUCCGUUUAUUUGACUGUCCUCUAAGCCUGGCACAGCACUGGUACACACAAACACACAGGGCUUUAACGGUACAUAGUGUGGUCUACCAGAACCACUUUUUGCGUUGAUGGAGUUAAUAUGCAGGCGGGAUUCUUUGUUGAUUGCUUCUUACUUUAUUGUUUAAAGUGGACUGUUCCUGGUUUACGGUUGAUUCUGGUCUUUCAGCUCCUUAAUCGUACAUGCUUUACCAGAGAAUGUCUAAUUAGAGGGUGCAUGCUCUGUCAGCCAGACAUCGACAUGUAAAUUAACUAUAAAAACAUAGAUCAUGUACCACCUAAAGCUCACUGGCAUUUACAAUUUUCAUCUCUAGUUUGUUUAGAGAUUGAAUGAGUUUUCUAGCUCCUUUCUUUUUUUCUUUUCUUUUCUUCUAAGCCCCAUCCAUACGGGCCUGAGGAUUAUUGUCAAACUUUUUUUUUGUUACCCUGUCUGCUGGUUUCUAUCCAACUGCUUGCAUUAUUAUAAUUUUUUUCUUUUAAAAAUGCCUUUUAUUUGAAUUACCUCAUCAGCACUUAAAUGGAAGGUUCGCUUUAAGCAAAAUGGCGCCAACAGACAAGAACUUUUUAAUGUUGGAAUUGUCCUUUUAAAAUUUUCUAUACUGCAUAAAAAGAAAACAUGGAAGAACAGAUACAAAAAAAAAAUACAAUAUUAAGUCUAACUACUACUGCUGUUUCAAGUACUACUACUUAUAGGGUACCUCCAAUUUUAUUAUUUUUAUUGUCCUACUUGCCAAAGUGAAAAAGCCUAUGUCUUUGUGGCUUGUUGCUGCUCACUCCGCUGGUUCUGUCCUGAGGCUUCCACAUGGCCUCACGGGACGUGUAGUUUUAUGUAUGGUUCUGUAUUGCCGUCGUUUUAGUGCAUUGGUGUGGUGCCAGGACGCGUGGGACGUUACUGAAAUAUUUAUCUGAGGAACGACUUAAAUAAUUAGAAAGAACGGUUUCCCUAAAUUCUAUAUAUAGAUAUAUAAAUAUACAUAUGUAAUGUACUCAUAUUUUAUAAUUCAACUGUUAUAAAGAUUGAAUGUAGUGUUUUGUUACGCUUAAAAAAAAAAAAAAAAAAACCAACCAAAAAAGCAACAAAAAAACAAAUAAUACUUACUUUUUAUGAUUUGAAACCGAAAACCCUCAAGGCCAAAAAUUUGACGCCACACCAUGGAUGUGGUGUUAGCCGUCAUUUACACCGUCCGCAAUUAAAUAUAGUUUGUUGAAUGAGGGGGCUUGCCAUGGUGCUCACAGCUUUUACUGUUGCCUGGGAAACGGACCCAAAAAGCACCUGAUCUUAACUUUGUUGUUGUUGUUGUUGACAUGUUUAUUGACUUGAUUUGCCGUGAUGGUUUUUAACAAUCAUUUCAACUUAUUUACUUUAUUUUAUAUAUGUUUUUGUAUAGCACGAGGGAGCAACAUCACUGGCUUUCUUAGUUUAACAAAAUUAACUUAUCCUUAUCAUUUAUGCCUUACUAUUAUUUUAGAAAAUCGAUGCGUUGUAGCAAACUAUAGUGUGUUAGUUGGUGAGUGCAUAUUUGUGUGCGCGUGUUUUGGAUGAGUGCGAGGAUGUAUUUCCGCAUGUUUUUAUGUCUACGUCACAUAUUGAUCGCUGAAAUAACGCUGUGAGUAUCGGACAUUUAAAAAGAAAAAGAAAAAAAAAAAACGUUUUUGAUGUUUAAGCAUACAAAAUGUUGCUACCUGUUGUUAUUUUGGUGUGACUUAUGCAGGUUGGAAACCUGUUGCAAAAAGCUUUACUAAUAACCCGACUCCAGCUGUUGUGUAGGUGAACGGGGUUGUCUUAGUUCUUGGUAGCUGUGCAUUCGCUUUCAGAGGUCAUUCUGUAUGGAAGAUAUUUCUCUGAAUUUGAUUCAAUUGAUUGGAAGUAAGACUUCUAACUAAUGAUCAGUUAGGAAACAAAUACAAAAUAUUAACAUCCUUGAUGUCCAACAUUUCUGAAAGCAUUUCUGACUGAUUGAGGCGAUGGUGACCGCUUGGCUUUAUGCUUUUAACCCGUGAUUGGACUGAGUGGUGUUCCAGAGCCAGAUACGACUGAUGAGGCUUUCCGUUUCUGCAGCAGAUCUGGUGUAGUAGUUCUAAGUGUAGUUAAGUGCUCUCAUGAGUGGUUGCGUUAGAGAUUCGGGGUUUUGGAACGCCUGUAGUCGUGUCGUUUCUGGCCUGUAGGUUGCUACAGGAGGCCUUCAGUCCAUUGCUGGAAAAGGAUAAAGGUGGAAGCAGUCGUGGACCCGAUGGCUGAGUUUGCUGGAAUGGGUAAAGAAGCUGUUGUAUACCUCAUUUCUAACUCGAGACAGAGUAAAAACCUGCUUUAAUCUAUUUUGAAAAACAAACAAGCAAAGAAAAGGAAAAAAAAAACCUAUUAAAAAAACCCCUGUCCUGGAAGAGGAGCCUGCAGAAGUCUAUUUAGCGUAUAGGGCGAGGGUCCAGCAGCUGCUACAGAGACACACUACACACAUAUACGCUUGUUAAUGUCAAACUUGUAGAGUAUGACUCUGGGUUUGAUUUUUUUUUUUUUUAUGUUUUACCCUUAAAUGUAGUGAAUGCAUAUUAUAGCCAUAUUUAUUUUGCACCUUUUGUCUUUGUAGUUAACCUUGUAGUUUAUUUUUAUGAUUUGACAAUCGUCUCCUUAAUGUCCUUCAUUUGUAUGAAUGUAACUGCAGGGCUUAUUUGGUGUGUGUGGGUGUGGGUGUGUGUGUGUGUGUGUGUGUGCGCUCUUCGUGGCCCUCACAGUCCUCAGCCCUCAACCUCUCUGUAGUAACCAAAGACUUACAAAGUGAUUGUAUGGACUCGGCUGUCUCUCCUUCUUCCCUUCCCGUCACGGAUCUGAGAUCAUAAGAAGAAGAAGAUGAUGAUGAUCAGGACAGAGGGCAGGCUUCUCCAAGGGACUUGUAAAAUUGACCCCUCUUUGACUGGGUGAUGUUAGUUAGUACACACUGAAGGACAUCCUGUGCACUCUGCAACCUGCUCAGGAUGAACUGUCUGCUCUCUGGACUCAAUGCCUUUUGUCUUUAUAGUUGUAACCAAGCAAAUUUUCUGUUUCUAUGAGUGUCUCUAACCAAAAACACGUCUGACCUCUCCGAGGUUACUCGUCCUGUACUGAUGUCUCGUUAUUUCAGUGUGCUGUUUUAACUUUUCUCUUUUCAAAUUUGUCUCUGCUCUUUCCGCCAUCUCGAUUUCCCUGUGCAACUAUGCAUCGUUGUCCUGUUCGCCGCUGGAGCCGUGUCUCCGCAACACCGCUCUUAACCAAAUGGGUCUUCGACUCUUCACUCAGCAGCUUUAUAUGGAGUGCAAGGUCGACAGACGCUACAAGCUCUAUCCCAAAGCAAAAAUCCAAAUAUGAAAUGUUCGACACAUGCAGAUACCAAAGAUGACACUGUCUUUCGUCCUGUUUCCUGUCCUCUUCCUCUCCAAGCCCUUCAGCGUGUGUAUUAAGGAACAGAACCCAGCUCUGACAUUAGUCUUAACCUCAGUAAUUCUAAAGCUUAGAUGUAUAUUUUGGUAUUUUUCUGAAAUACUUAAAGAAAGAAAAAAAAAAAAGAGGAAAAAAGCAAAAACUAAAGUGGCAUUUUAAAAUUCUGAUUUGUUGGAUGUAUUGCUCUUUUUCUGUCACAGCAUGGAGUUAACUGAAGAACUGUCUUACUAUUAGUAGGUUAAACAAAUAGUAUUUUUAUACGUUUUGGGUGUCUGUGUAUGUGAUUAUCAGUUUCACUGCCCAAGUUACCAUUGAUUGUUUUUUUUGUUUUUUGUUUUUUUGCUUUGUUUUGUUUUCUUUCUAACAAAUGAGGAAAAAAAUAAACAAAUAGGAAAAUGUACAUAGUGCUUCAGUCGAGGACUGUAAACGGUCAUUCUCAUUUCCUACAGCUAAAGCUUUUUUUUCCCCACCAGUGUCAUGAAUUAGAUUGUAUUUCUGUGUGUCUUUAUCUAAACUCUAAGCCACUGUUGUAAUAGUGAGGCUCAUUUCUUGUAUCCUGAGUAUCACUGUGGAACAGGGCUUCAACGCCUCUCACUCUGAACACAAGCUUUUGACUGGACUCUACAAUGGCUACGUCAUGGUAGCUUCGAACUGACCGAUUGUGUAGAAAUAGAAGUAUGUGAAUCAGGAUACAUGGUAGAUUAGAUACAUUUUGUCUGCUGUAUUUUUUUUAAUAUAUAAAGAUAACCUUUACUGUAACUGUACAGAUCUUUUUUCUUUUUUUGUUUUUGUUUUGUUGUAAACAUCAUUAAACCAUUUUUCCAAGUGUU